AUGGUCAAGCAAAACGACGUCAUUGCGAUCAUCGUCAUCGUGCUCUUCAUCGUCCUCGCCGGUGUCGCGUUCGGCAUCUACAGAUUAGUCCACGUCGCUCGCCAGAGCAUGAGUGUGACGUCUGGGUCGAGUAGCAGCAGCAGUGAUGAGAUUGUCGACGACUGA